ACAUCACAACCAUGUCAAGCAGCACAAUGGCGACUCCGUGCCGCUCAGCGAUGCGAUUGCUCUCUGCCAGAUCAAGAUGCAUGCUCCAAAAUCCCCGUGUCAAGUCGACCUUGUCGCAAACUCGCUACUCGUCGAGAUAUAGCAACCCUGCAGCUCGCGCUACGGGCUCAACACUCUCCGCCAGAGCUCCUUCUUUCCUUGACCAGCAACAGAACAUCGACUCCGAAGAUGUAGAAGACCGUGCUGUCAAUCCUCUGGAUGAGCUCGCCGCCCGUCGCGAGUUUGAGGCCAAGCGUGCAAACGCAAUGCAUCGUAUGCGAUUCGCCGCUGUUGGCUUACUCAUGAGCGUUGGUGGCCUUACACUCACUCUCUACAACCUGAAUCUGGACGAGCUAGAAAAGAGUGCCAACAAGAAGAAGGCCCAACUGGACGCUGGCCCAGGUUCCGAAGAUUUCCAGGGCCGUCACGUCCACAUCAUCGGUGCUGGCGAGGACAAGAGGAUUGUAGCUGAGGGUGACCAAGAGUUGGAUUUAGUCAAGACUGGCAGUGGCAGCGUACCUUACUUCCCUCGCAAGAUCUAUCUACCUGUUCCUGGAACCGAAUCCUCAAAGUCCGAGACCGCUCAACCCAACUCCCGCAUCAACCCUGGCAAUGUUCAAAACCAAGAGGAAUACACCAUGGUCGGCCUUGGUAUCCGUACCGUAUCAUUCUUAUCCAUUGAGGUCUACGUCAUGGGUCUCUAUGUUCGUACUCAAGAUAUUUCGACUCUCCAGGCCCGUCUCAUCCACCUGAUCAACCCCGACGCUUCUACACUCGUGCCCGGCGAGAAGGACGGUCUCAAGCAACGUAUGCUCGACCCUGACACUAGCGUUGAGAUCUGGGAACAACUUCUGCGUGAGGAGGGCAUCCGUUCCGCAUGGCGUGUUGUGCCCUCCAAGAACACCGACUUUGCUCAUCUGCGCGACGGUUGGGUCAACGGAAUCAAGCGUGCUACGACAGAGGUCAACAGAGUCAAGCAGACCAACUCCAAAAUCAUCACUGCCGACUACGAGAAUGAAUCUUUCGGUGACGCCAUGCGUGAUUUCAAGGGCAUGUUCAGCGGCGGUCGCACCCCCAAGGGCUCUGUUGUCCUCAUGUUGAGAGAUGCUCCUGGUUCCAUGGAAGUCCUCUUCGAAGACCCCGCCAAGGGCACCGGCAUCGAGAGAGUCGGCAAGGUCGAGGAUCCUAGAAUCAGCAGGCUGAUCUGGAUGGGCUACCUGGCAGGCAAGAACGUCAGCUCGGAGCCGACGAGAAAGCACGUGGUUGAUGGUUUCGUCGGCUUCGCCGGCCGCCCUGUAGGCUCAGUUGAGACCAUGGUCGUCUAGGCAUGUACAUAUAUGUAAUACUCAAUGAUCAAAAUGCUUACCUAGAAGAUGUUCGA